UAUGUGGUAUCAUGUUAAACCCCCUAAUUUGAAUUAUGAAGUUAAGAGUUGUAUCUAUAUUACUGUACAUCUGUACCAUCUGUAUCAAAUCAAGCCGAUCACAAAUAUGUACAUUGGACAUGGAAUGCCAUUUGUUUAACUGGCUACCAUGGAACCCGUGCACUGGUACCUGUGGCUCACAGUCACAAUUUACAGACCGUAGAAUGUGCUGCUCCUUAGUUCCGGCUACUCUAGAAACUUGUCUGACCAGCUGUAAUAGAAGUAUCCAUUUUCCAAUGCACAGAACUCAAUCAUGCCAAAUUUGUGAAAAUGGUGGCACGGUAGAACCUUCUUCUCUGUCUUGUAGAUGUGGUCCGCAUUAUAAGGGUGGUUGCUGCCAAGAUCUGGUUACGUGCCAGGAUAAUCCUUGUAAACAUGGUAUCUGUACUGAUGAAGGGAUAACGUUUACCUGUACCUGUGACAAGGGAUACACGGGGACAGUCUGUGACACACUGGAAACAUUGGAACUUCCGGAGUCGGUUCGAUAUGUGGAAUAUGGCUUGUUGUCGUUGGUGUCCGUGAUUGGAGUAAUGGCCACCGGAUGUGUUUGUCUGAAGUGUUGUCAAACCUUUGGCAUCAACAAGAAAGGUGGUACUGACGAUGAUGAUGAUGAAAAUGAAGAAGAAAAAUGGAAAAAGAACAGGAAGAAUCUGAUUUUUCCACAAAAACACUCAAAAUCAAAAGCCGUUUUGAUGGACUUUUGAAACCAAAAGAAUAACAUUUUAAGUACUAGUACUUAAUUGUACAUGUAAGCUUUAAAUAAUAUUAACUUUAUUA